AUGAAUGAUUCAUGCUCGCACAACCAUGCCCGCAUCCCGCACCCGUCGCAGCUUGAGCGCAGUCUGUCUCAGUCGCCGUUCUCGCCGGCCAAGCUGGGUCUAAUGCCGCCGCCACCGGCGAGAAACAGCGGCGAGUUCUCUCGUUUGCAGCAAUUGCCCAUCAUGGAAAAGUCGUCGCGCGCAAGUAGCGUCUGCUCUGCGACCAGCCGAGACAUUGAUACCAUGUACUCGGCGUCCAGCGUCAACAGCCCAGCGAGCACGUGCUACAACAGCGAGACGAGUGACUGGGCACCGACGAUUAGCUAUGAUAGUUGGAGAAUGAGAAGACAAAGCAGAGCACACUACAGACAAACAUCGACGGCGUCCAACUCAACGUGGGCGUAUGAUUCGGACGGAGAACCAAAGCGAUGGGAUUUUCAGCGAACGCCUAAUAAAGAGAUUGACUAUGAAGGUCAUCGAGUAAGCCCUAUUGCCGAGUCUGGUAAAAGCAGUAGAGAGACAAGCCCUAGCGGCCGCUCUUCUAAUGGCACCGAGGUCCUGGAGACAACAGAAUCUGCUUCUCCAUGGGAAACGGGAUCUGCAAACUCUGAGGAUGUGUCUGUCGAUGAUGCAGAGAGCAUUCUGACCUACACAACUCGCUUGGUCUACGGACUAGACAUUCCGGAUGAUCCGCACGUGCGUGCUGCUCUACAUAAGCUUACGUCGUCCUUUGUUCACCAACUCUCACCACACAUGUGGCAAUCGCAUGGUAGCAGUACCGACGGCUCAUGGCAAGGUGAUUUAUCUGGGUCAAGUUCGAAUACAUCACCAUGCUCGUCGGGUGGUGAUCGCAAGGGCAAGAAGCAUAGCAGAAGCGGUGACGACAACUCUCAGGAUGGUGGAGGAGCCGGUUCGGUGCAGUCCAAGAGGGCAAAGAAGAACGGAGGCGAAGAUGAGAAUAUUCGAUUAAGCUGUCCUUUCCGCAAACGCAACCCGUACCGGUUCAAUGUGCGCGAUCACCACAGCUGCGCCAUGACCUACUUUCCCAAAUUUGCCGAGCUACGACAACAUAUUGUGAAGCAACACAAAAGAGACGACCCGUCCGCCUUUGUGUGCGAUCGAUGUACCAAAAACUUUGUAUCGCGCAAGGAGCUGCGCGACCAUCAGCGUCUGCCAAAGGAGCUCAUGUGCGAUAUUACUGAUCAUGAUCCCGAAUUCGGAAUUGACGGGGCCACGGCGACAAAGCUACUGAGUCGCAAGAGAGCAGGAGGCUCGUCGGCAGAUUCGCAGUGGCGUGAAAUUUGGGGCAUCUUGUUCCCUGACGACGCGGACGAGCUAGUACAGCCUCACAUAUAUGUCCCGGUUGUAGAGCAUUUCGAGCUGUCAUCUGAAUUUGUCGGCUCUCUUGUCUCGCUGAAGCAGUCUCUGCGCGCAGACUUCCCCGACGAAGCAGCUCUAGAGCGUGUCACUGGCAAACUGCACGAUUCAUUUGCUGAUACGGUGGCCAGAUGCGUUACCGCAGCCCAAUUGAUGCGCUACAUUAACCGGAGCAACAAAAAGACAGAGUUUCUCAAGCAGCAAGAGCUUCGCGAUAGCCUUCCGCCGUCAAACCUUGCUGACCUGAGCGCGGGUUUGCCCUUGGUGGCAGCAGGAACAGCACAGCCCGGUCCAAUGUUGACUGAUUUUAUACAAGAUGGACGUUUUUCUCUAGUAGAUGGAUAUCUGGCUUGGAGCGACGAUAAGAAGCCGACGGAUGGCGCCGCCGAGAUGGUAGGAACCGGCGCCGAUGCACCAAUGAUUGCGCAGGAUGGCGAGGACAUGUAUGCGUUCUGGGAACGAGGCUAUGACGAGAUGAACCCAUGA